AUGUAUAGCUAUGAGCCUAGGUCUCCUAUGAGUUUGAAUUUGGCUUUGGUUCGGGUACUUCAUGCUUGUGAUUUCUUGGAAGAUAUGCAAGACAAGCUUGAGUUAGCAAAGUUGACCAUAAGGCAAGUUCAAGGGCGAGACAAAAGAUUAACUAAUAAGCAUCGUCGUCAUCAAGAGUACAAAGUUGGUGACAAGGUUUUUCUUAAGCUGUCAGAUGCACAACGGUCUCCAAAAGGAGGUGGCAAUGCUAAGUUGUCUCCAUGUUAUUGUGGGCAUUGGACAAUUUUACAACAUGUGGGGGAUCUUGCAUACACUUUGGACUUGCCAGUUAGUUUAAAGAUUUAUCCAACGUUCCAUGUAAGCAAGCUUAAAGUGUGUUUGCACUCUGGUGAUGUUGUGGAUCAAUCCAUCAUCCAGGUCCUAGAGAUUGAUGUAGAGAAUGUUGAUUCGACUAAUAUUCUUGCUCAAAGAUUGGUGAAAACACGUUGGAAGACAACUAGGGAGUUGUUAGUUCAAUGGAAUGGUUAUUCCAUGGACGAAGCUACAUGGGAAACUGAGGAUGACGUAAAGAGAGUGUUUCUAAGUUUUGGUUAUGACUUAGAUAACAUUCCUAAGGAAGGGGAGAAUUGA